AUGCGCUCUUUUUCGGUGAUCUUCCUUGUACUCCUCUGUAUCGCUUUGACAAAGGCAGAAUUGACCCCCAAGCCACGUCCACGCAGUACAAACGAGUUGGUCAGCUUGCCUACGUUCGGCAAACGUGAUGACGCUGAUGCCAAGAACAAAAAUUCCACCAAGAAUAAUUUUGUUUGGCCUGCAAUUGAUGGUUAUCAAGAUCAAAAUCCACCUGAUAAUAUGUUAGGUGUUGGCUAUUUAACUUAUUCUACUGCUUGGAUCAAGAAAACGUUUGAAAUUAGUGACAAAGAUCCUGAAAAGGCCGAUAAACGAUUCUUUCAUGGACUUUUAAGAGGUGCUUAUUUAUGGCGUGAUAGCUGUUGGAAAUUAACAAAUGAUUCUGCAAAGGCUGCUCAACGAACAAACACUUUGGCCCGUGUAGUUGUUUAUACGUUUAACGAUCCAGAUUUUGACAUUGAUCCGAUUUAUCAUUUAUCAAGUACCAUGGCUCUUGCUUGUUGGGAACGCGAUAAAGAUGGUGAUUAUAAUACACCGGUGGUUAACCAUACUGAAACAUUGAUGAAUAAUCUUCAUUGGGAUAAAGCUUCAGCUUUAAAGGUAUUGGAAAAACAACAUAUUUAUUUCGGUUAUACAAACAAGACCAGCACUCACGGCCAUCCUAAACCAAACAUAGCGAUGUCGCACACAGAAAGCAGAUCCUUCAUCGCUCAAAAUUAUCUCAGUAAGCAUUUGAACAAUGGGCUUAUUAUUCGGUUCGCUAUUGUCAUUGUGAACGAUUGUCCAAACGCACCAUGGAAAGAAGACGAAGCAAUGGAACAUUUUGCCAGAUUACUCAUUUGCCUAAAUCAUGUGUAUAAAGGCGUAUAUGACUGUCGUUCAGACUGUACUUUGACGUGGAAUAUUUUGGCGGAUGGCAUUACUGCUUGCCAAGACGAACUUACUUUAUGGCGCUUCUUAAGACCUCCAAGAGUUUCAUGGAAUUCUAUGACAAAAGAAGAUCAAGACGAAUUCAUUUUCGCUAUGGUGUACCAAGCCAUUGAAAUGGGAAUGCCUAUCGAACUUGGCAAUAUGGCUUGCACUGUCGAUGUAACAAACUUGGUUCGCGGUUUUAAGUACAACAAUCAAGCGCAAGCUGCUGUCUUUCAAUCGAAUGACGUGAUCCGCAGUUUCGUUCAUAAGUAUUCUGAUUUUGGUUCCGGCACCGUCAUGGUAAGUACUGGAACGGCUGAAAAUCCUAAUUUGAGACUUGGCUCGUCAAUUAUAAAAACGAUGAGUCGAAAUUUAGCAUUGUAUAAUGCUACUCAAAUUGGCAUUCAAGUAAGAGUUUCGCAAGAAGAUGCUGAAAUCAAAAUGAUGGAUGAUGAAGUGAUUCGUCGUGCAGAAGAAUUGAUGCGUUAUCAAAAAUUUCGACCCUAUCUGGUGAACGAGAAAUUGCACAAUUUAGCAACCAUAUUAUUACGUCUCGUUCUGGUCUUUCGCCCCGACAAUGAAAUAUUAACGUUCAACAUGUUGGUGAUCGGAUUGGAUACAUGUGCUCCAGAGCUGUACUGUGGUAUAUUUGAAAGGGAGAAUCGUAUUCAAUCCGACGCUGCAAGACUUAGCUUGAAAUAUAACAUCAUUGCUGACUUAUUAACAGCUGCCGUUCUGGACACUCAACGAAUGCCAAUUUGCUCGAAUUAUAGUGGAUAA